AUGGACCAAAGUUUGGCAGCAAUAUUUGCGGUUAUUGUGGCCUUCUGUGGCGUAUCCUACUUUGAAAUUAUUGGAUCUAGAACCUAUCAGAUUCUAACAAAAGUCGAUUUCCUUGCUUCUUUGCUUCCAUUGAUAUGCAUUCCAGCAGUAUUGUCUCUCGGUGCUGGUUUGUUCAAGUGGAAAGACGACAAUUGGAAGCUCUCUCGAGGUGCUUAUAUGUUCAUAAUCAUUGGUCUUCUUCUUUUGCUUGGAGCCAUUUCAGCUAUUAUAGUUACAAUUAAACCUUGGGCGAUAGGGGCUACAUUUCUUCUGGUGCCUCUCCUUCUUGUUCUAGCUAUUGGUGUUAUUCGCUAUUGGGCGUCAAAUAACUUUUAUUUGACAAGGAUACAAAUGUUACUCGUUUGUUUUCUUGCAUUCCUUUUAGCUCUUGCAGCAUUUCUUGUUGGAUGGUUUCACGAUAAGGCUUUUGUUGGUUACUUCUCAUUUCUUUUUCUCGUAGCUGGAAGGGCAUUAACAGUCCUUCUUUCACCUCCUAUAGUAGUCUACUCCCCAAGGGUGUUGCCUUGCCUUUUUAUGUAUUCUUGAUGAUGAGCCCACCACUAGUGGCAGGCAGUGCGGUCAGAUUGAUCCUACUGUGUGUCAAUGUCAAAAAAUUAGC